UCUGAUGCCACUGCAGCAUGGCCAGACUCAUAAUGCUGAGAUUGCUCUUGCUUGGUUGGGGAUGGAGAAGGAGACUGGCUAGAGAGGGAAAGCUCUGCAUGGAAGAGCACAUGGAAGCUGCUAGAAGAUUAAUGGGGAAAGGAGGGGGCAAGAACUGCAGAAAGAAUGGAACCGUCUCUAAUCCUGGCAGAUCAGGGAGGCAAAUCUGAGAUUAACCUAGCAGGGUGGGAAGAGGAUUAGAAAGGCAGCUCCCAUCUGCAGCUGUCAGAAUGCAUCAGAUGGUAUUUGGGGAUGAGGAGGGUGUGGCAUGGGCUUUUCUGUACUGUAGAAAAGGCAGCAGUGAGGCAAAGAUAGAUGGGAAAGGAAGGAUAACAGGUAACAGCCCCCACCAUUCAGGGGGGAGGCUUACUGCAUAUAAAGACUUAUGGUCCUGAAGAGCAGAAGAGCUUGGGACUCAGGGCAAUGCUGCAGCCUUGAGCCAGCUAGGAGGUAUUAAAGGCUGCUGAGAUGAGAAUGAGGGGGAGUAGGGAGCAAAACAGCUCCUGUAGGCAGGAGAUGAAGGCACUGUGAGGAGAGCUGUAGAGAGAUAGCACAGAACUGUGUGUCCAGUUCACUUCUUCAGGGGAAGACCUGCCUGCCUGAUCAUGGAUGCAAUGUACCUGCUUAACGUGCCAGGUGUCAAGAAGAAGAUUUUGCACGGAGGCUGUGGGCAGCUGCCAACAUUCCAAGAUGGGAGCAAGAUCACGUUCCACUUCCAGACGCUGAAAGAUGACUUUGAGCGCACGGUGAUCGACGACAGCCGAGACUCUGGUAUCCCCAUGGAGAUCAUCGUGGGGAAGAUGUUUAAGAUGGAGGUGUGGGAGACCCUGCUGACCUCCAUGCGCAUCAGAGAGGUGGCAGAGUUUUGGUGUGAUGCUGUUCACACAGGCAUGUAUGCCUUGGUCUCCAAGGGCAUGAGGAGAAUUGCAGAGGGCAAGGACCCCUUAGAGGGACAAAGGCACCGCUGUGGGAUGGGGAACAUGUUUGACUACCACAGCACAGGCUAUGAGGACCUGGAUGAACUACAGAGGACACCGCAGCCCCUCAUCUUCAUCAUGGAGCUUUUCAAAGUAGACGAUCCCUCUGCCUACAAGCGAGACACAUGGGCCAUGAGCAAAGAGGAGAAGCUGGCAGCAGUGCCUGUGUUGCAUAGCGAGGGCAACCGGCUCGUCCUGCACAAGAAGUACCGCGAGGCAGCUGAGAAGUACCAGGAAGCUGUUGUCUGCCUCCGGAACCUCCAAGCCAAGGAGAAGCCCUGGGAGGAGGACUGGCUGAAGCUGCAGAAUCUCAUGACACCCCUCAUGCUGAAUUAUUGCCAGUGCCAGCUGGAGCUGGGCGAGUACUAUGAGGUCUUGGAGCACACUACUGAGAUCCUUCAGAAAAGCCAUGGAAACGCAAAGGCCUAUUUCAAGCGUGCAAAGGCCCACGCUGCUGUCUGGAAUGAAAAAGAGGCACGAAACGACUUCUUGCAGGCGGCUCAGCUGGAUCCAUCAAUGGCAGCAGCUGCGAAAAAAGAGAUGAAGAUCUUGGGGGAAAGGAUGAGGAAAAAACAUGUUGAAGAUCGCAAGAGAUACCAGGGGCUCUUUCAGCAGCCUCAGCCUGAGGGAGCAGCAACAGGGGAGGAGCAGCAGGCAGGAGGUGGCUAUGCUACAGCUGGUAAUGAGGAGGGAGGCGGAGGUUGGGAAAAGUCAGAGACAGGAUUGGGAACAGAGUGCUUCAGAGCAGAGGGGAAAGAAGCUGACCAAGAGAAUUCCAGGGAAGAGCUGAGGAUAGAAGCAGCAAGACUUAAAGAGAAUAGGCAGAGGGAAGGACCUGGUCAGGUGAGUUCUAGGGCAGAGAUAAUGGAGGAAGAGGAGGAACAUGGAGAGAACAGACAGAGGGAAGAACCACACCAGGGGAAUUCUGGGACUGCAGAAGUCCCUGGCCAGACCAGACAAAGGAAAGAACCAGACCAAGGGAACUCUAAGGUCCCAGAUGAAACCAAAGACAGGGAAAAACAGGAGCAGGAGAAUUCUGUGCCAGAGGCAAGGAUAGAAGAGGAAGGACAUGGGGAGAGCUGGCAGAAGGAAGAAACAGAAAAGAGGAAUACAGGGCUGGGAGACUCAGUGCCUGGGGAAGAGAACACCAAGAUUCAAGAAUUGGAGCAGGGCAAGUCAGGGGCAGGAAAGGUGGGACUUGGGGAGGGGAACUUAGAAGGAAAGAAGAAAGUCCAAGGCCACAGAAGCUUCAAAGCUGAGAGGGGAACUGAAGAGGCAGAACUUGGGGAAAAAAGCACUCCAAAGAAACACCCAGACCUAGGCAGCAGUGGGGCAGGGGAGACAGGACAUGGAGAUGGGACUGCAGAAACUUGGAUGGAAGAACCAGACCAGAGGAACUGUGGUGAAGAGAGUAGGACAAGAGAGGAGGAGCUCAAAGAAGAGAGCACAAGAGGGGAAGAACCAGGGCAAGGCAGUUCUGGGGCAGAGACAGGCCUUGAGGAAGGAUCAGACCAAGGGAAUUUUGGGGACAGUGGAAGUGUGGGAGAUACAGGUGAUGCAGAAGAAACAAAGCAAGGGAGCUGCAGCAAAGGCAGAGCAGGGGAAGGCCAAAGGAAGUGUAGGACAGAGGGGAAGGCUGUGGAGCCAAGCCCUGGAAAAGGGGGCUGUGGUGAGGGGCCUGUGGCAGAAAGCCAAGAAGGGAGCCCAGAGUUGGAUGGAGAAUGGGAAGGGGGAGCUGAAGGGCACUGCUGCUCCAACACAGCAGAGCAGAGCUUAGAGGAGAGGACAGGGCAGGGGAGAAAGCAUGGCAGGAAACUUCAAGAAGACUGCUGAGAAAUAUCAGACACUUCCUGGCCAACAAACUGGAAUGAGGCCAGCACUGAAGGUGCAUGCUGCUCGUCAAGUGGGGGAAGAUGGGUGGGUGAAGCCUCCCUCACCCUAUGCUGGACAGUGAGCAGGGGAUGGGUAUACCAGGAUGGGCUGCACCAUUUGGAGCUCCUCUGUCCUGAAAGAGCCUCUGGCCCCCUAAGGCUGAGCUUCCUGAAAGAUGACUGAGCUCUUUGGUGCCUGCCAGGUCUGUGGUGUACAUGGUGCUUCCCUUCCUGUCAGGGCUUCACUGCCUGAUGAGAUCUGAAGAAUCACCACAGCCAGGGUGGCAGGAGCCAGUGCUAUCGAUGUCAUCCCCUUCUCUCUACCUUCAGAGUAUGACAGAUGCCUCCUGUUCCCCAGUCUCUGUGCUCACGGCCUGAGCCAGGCCCCCUUGCCCCAUGCUGAGUCGUCAGUGCUGGCUUCUCUGAAAGUCUUCCUCAUGUCUCUGCUGUUGAGUUUGUUCCCUGAGAAAUUAAGUGCUUUUCUGGCAAGGCUCUGGCUGAACUCUUUCCUGGAUGUUGCCAGCAUCUUUGAGGCAGCAGUCACAUAUGUUCACAGGCUGGUCCUGCAGGCCGAGUGCUUGUGUCAGCAGGAAAGCUUUGCUGUCCAUGCACAACUCCCAAGCAGGGUCCUCCUGUACAUGGUGGUCCUGCAUCUUUGCCCAGUAUUCAGGCAAUCCCAAUCCUGUGGGAUGUGCAGGCUGAAGUCCAAGGGCAGAAACAGUUACUUUGCUCUAUGAACCUUUCCCUUCCCCAUUGACUUAGACUGCACUUUGCUCCUUGUUGAUAGUGGGGAGAGGAGGUUUCAGGCACUCCAGAGGCCCAAGUGGAUUCUCACCGGAGGCAAUGGGUGGGCUGUCCAGAUGGAAGAAACUGAAUAGGGCCCUGAAAAAAAAAUUAUUUGCUCUCGACUGCAGAGACCUGGCUUCAGUCUAUAAACAAGGGAAGCAGGGUAAAUCUGAGUGUUAAGGCUCCUAGACUCUGUCUCUGAUUUUAGGGCCAGUCCUUGGCUUUAGUGUCUCAGUUUCCCCACUAGCAUUUUUUAGACCUGGCCAAAGAACAUCUGCAAAGCACUUUGUGCUUCCAGAUGAACAAGCCUAGUGCUGUUAGAGUGAAGGAAGGGCAGUGGUAACUGGGGACGCACCUGCUAGCUGAAAACAACCCUGGUAGAGCAAGUCACACCGGAAGAGUAACAGGGUGAGGAGUGUGGACAUCUCUUUAGGCAUCUAGUGGCCCCUGUUUGUUUGCCCAUUUAUGCUGCAACUGCACGGAAGAAAAGCUUUGCAAACAGGAGCAUGUAACUUAAGACUACAAAGGCCAGGUGACACUUUGUAAACUGAGCAGCGACAGGAAGAAGAGAACAAAUACCAGUCUGAUCUGAGCAGAGGAGGGAUCUGGGAAGUGGCACCUCCUUCCUGCACUAUGGUUCCCCUAGUGUGCUUGAAGCCUCCUGCCUGCUUGCUGAUAAUGACAGACCGGUCACCGGACCAGCAGUGCUUGGGAAGGGGCUGGAGCAUGCUGUGGGCUCACACUGUGACAGAACUGCUAAAGAGGGCCUUGCUGCAGAACCUUUAGUCCUGGUGAUAGUGUAAGAACAGAAGCAGCAGCCUGCUCCAUUUCCAAAUGCACCCUGGAAUCUGCAAAUGCUGACCUGGGGGGUGGGGAUGCAUGUUAUCUGAGCAAAUCUGAUCUAGAGCAGGUUUGCAGACACCACCAUGGGGAACCACAGCACAGGGUGGCCAGGCACAUGCCAGGAAGGGGAGUCAGGGAUAGACAGUUCCACAGAGAUGUGCCCACAGGGGAGGGUCCUUCAGUAUCUGCCACUUGGCAGAAGGAAUCUCUGAGACAACCAGGGAAGCCCACAGCAACCCUCCUCAAGAGGGAAGGGGAACCCCAGAGAAAUAAGAGGCCGAAGUACCAGCCAGAAUAUCAAUAGAAAUACAAAUUUAUUCUCUUUCCAGAGCAGAAAUGGAGAAGCCAGUGAGGACAGAACCAAACAAAUGGUAACUCUAGUGUUAGCCACUUUGUUCCCCUCCCAGCUCCAUCCCAGUGCAAUAACAGAAAUCCUGACUUUGCUCAUGCACAGCACAACUCUGCAUGUGCUGGAGUGUCCCAGAGGAAGGCAUAGCCAGUCUAGGUCAACCCUUUACGCAGGCACAGGGCUUGCGGAGGGACAGAGAUCUCUGAUCCUCUACUGCUGCCCUUCCAGUAGAGGAUGAGAGAAAGACUCUGAGGGGCAGAAGGAGGAAGCUCCAGAUGGGCAGAAAAUUGGAGUCUAUCAACUUUAAACAGUGACUUUAUAGUGAGUCCCCUGCUGUUACCUUUAUCCAGCAGGAAGUCUGCAUCAGGGCCUAGACUCGCACUCACAGCAAGGAGAAAACGUUUGAAAGUGGGGAACCAAAUACGGGUUUGGCAGAAGGGAAUUAAGAGUCCCUGGAUGACACAGGGCAGGUUUGAGGGGGCGGAAUGCCCUGAGUGGGAUGGAUAGACGGCAGAGUGCAGGGAGUGCCUGGGGCCAAAGCAGCAAGUACCAGGUGGCAGUGCUUUAGUAAAGCCACAGGAAGCACUGCUGGGCAGAGCAUGCCAGCCCCUCACACCAGUUUUACUUCACUGUCUAGGCACCAACUUGCUCAGUGGAACAAUAAAGAAACUCACUGUGGAGCUCAGCUCCUGCA